AUGGUAGUCGCCACUCUAAUCCACGAACGAUACCAGUUCAUUACCGAAGGAUUCCUGCCAGAGCCAAAGGUUGGAGCCCUAGUUGGCAUUCUGUGUCCAGAAUGCCAAACCCCCCUCCGUUACCAUGCGGCACUUGAAGACGCAUGGCGGAUCCAUUGCCCACGACGUCCAAGGAACGAACACAAUUGGCGAACCUGGCAAUGUGAUCAGCUCAACCACGAACGUGCGCUGAUCCACGCUGGUGCUUCUCGCCCAAUCGUCUCUUCUACAGCCGAUUGGGGACCCCGAAUGUCGCCUGCAGGGGUGAUUCUUCCACCAAAACCAACCAAAGAAUCAAACAAUCCACCGGUCAAAAGGAAUGCGAUUGAAGCACAUCCAUUUUUAGGUCGCCAAUCUGAGUUCACUCCGUUCAAUCAGCUCAACUCACUUGCAGGCCCACACCGAACUCAGAGAGGCUCUCACCCCUGUCUGCGACCUUCCCGUGGGCCAGCGGCACGUACCCACCGGACCAAUGGGAACAAGGGUUGCCCAUAUCAAUACUGUCAAGCGGUUAGUAUGGUCUCAGUGUUGUAUAGUUGCAUUGACGAUGUUGCUCACUGUGUAUUUUGCUGCCUUGAAUACGGUCUGGGCCCAUGCCCCAAACACGUUCGACCUGGCCCUCCAGUUCCUCGCCAAGCUGUAGCCACCAACUCUAAUCAGUUGCUGCCUCCCGUGGAACCACAACCGAGCACGUCUACUGACCCUACUCCAGCGCCAGCACAGCCGCGUCUACCACGGCCACACCAGUGGGCCCAAUCUGCCAACUCACUUGGACGACGUCUGGACAGUUCAGUUGUCUCAAAAAUCCAAAUUAACCGAGCUGAACGAUAUGAAGCGGUUCAACGGGGUAUAGCAAACCAGUACGACGAAGCACAAGUCGUCGUGAUUUACCUUUGGCUCAACGUUAUCUCAGCGCAUUUGGCCAACUGGCCCAAGGCCAGCCUAGACAAAUCACCCCUCCUCAUGCAAGCAUGCACCAAGGCACUUGGCCCUGGAUGGAACCGUGCCCUUUGUUUCUGGGAUGAAAAGAUUGACACUUGGCACGAAACCAUGGUGACAUUUCCUCACCGAUUCCCCGCCAGCAAAAAGGAGAUAGUUGUCAGGUCGGCAAACAUGGACCCCCGAACGCUUGGUUUGCCAAAAUCGAAAAGCAAGCAAGACGUACCCGCUUAUUGGGGUGCCACGCAAAGUACGCAGCUUGAAGUGUCGUCAACCUCCACAUCAACCCCGAUUGAGACAAACGGCGGCCAUAUUCGAGACACCAUUCUCGUCCGCAGCUGCUCUCCUGAGGCUCAACCGCCUCGCGCGGCGGAAGAAUCUCCUGAUGUGAUUGUCGUCAACAGCAAAUUUGCUAAAUCCCCUAAUAUCACUCAGGUCAAACGCGAACGCGAACUCUCUGAACUACCGGAGUUUGACUACGGCACAGAUAAUGGUAAACGAAAUGCUCAAAGAGAUGACCACCUGUCACCGGAGGAGGACGAGUUGGCAGCGAGCCCUACUCCAACACCUAUGAGCACGGAUACAAACUCCCUGGACACAACGGCCACCUCGCUUGAAAAGACCAAGAAGAAAGGCUGGCCUUCCUCUUCUGUUCUGGUUUCACGACUUCUGGCGUGGUAUAAGGACUCUCACAGUCGACCCCCCGCAGUGGCCUGGAAGGAGGAAUUUGGCGAUGAGUGGAAGUAUGUGUCUUCCACUAUGUAUCGGUAUAAGCUAUGGAUAAAAACGGUGGACUACCAGCGGUUCAAGGUUGAUUACAGCGCAAAACCCCUUGCAAAUGUAGGUGAAGCCCGAAUUUUGUACCAGAAGGAGUUCAAAGAGGUUUGCAAAACCUGUCCGGAGGAGAACAAUGAAGAUGUUGAUUAG